AUGGGUCAAGGACCUUCAAAUGACGUUAAGGAUGUCGACCCAUUCCAAACAUUGAAUCUUCCAAUCGCGAAUCGAGUCGCCAAUGAGGAUGAAGACAAACAGAACGACAAUGUCGAAAUAGAAGAAGAGUCAGUCGCAGAGUCAUCUCAGCAACAGCAGGCUGCAGAUAAUAAUAGCGAGAUGCAGAGAAUGUCGGAUUUGAACGAAUUGAUAUCACCACCGGUUCUACCUUCACAUGCCAAGAGCUUUGAAGAAAUACUACAGUCUCCAGCUGCUGCUGCAUGCUUGCAAGCACUAGAAAAGGCUACAUCAGCAGCCAUUGUAGUUAGAGAACCCGCUAUAGUGACUCUGAAAGAAAUACCAGGAAUUAGGAUACCUGUAGCAGCAUCAAUACUGGUAGAAGGUGACGGCGGACGAGGAGAAAUGAUGAUUACUGACAAUGAUCUGAACGGGCUGGCUCCUGCGGCUGAACAGACAUUAUCAGAUUCACCAAGGGACUUUAUAUGGAAUCGCACCAUGACCACUGUAUUUGGUAUUACUACUACGACGGCAGGUCCAGGAAAUCUUUACAUACCGUCAUCGAUAACUCCUGUAGCAUCAACGUCAUCUGGAUUGUCGUUUGGCAAAUCAUCAUCACCACGCACAGAAGGUGGUUUAAAUGUUUAUAAUAAUUCCUCGACAAAUAAUAAUUCACAACAGCCAACCGAUUCAGCUACUCCAUCGCGGACAGUAUCAUCAUCACAAGCUGCUGCACCGUCGUUGUUGGGACAGAAUAGUAAUUCAACACCAUUGAAUCUAAACAGCAAUCCAGCAUUAUUGCGGAAUGUCUCUGGAAGCUCAUCGACAUCUAGCAAUAGCAAUAGUCAGGAGCGACCAACGCAACCACCAAAUGAUAUACCCACAUUUGGAUCAACGCCAUCAUCGCAUUACAAACCCAUCAAACCUCUUCCCAAAAGAAGGUCGAGGCCAGCUGGUUUAGGACCUCUACCAUUACCAGCAAGUGCUGCUACUUCGUCGUCUUCAGGUGGUCAGCCAUUAGGAGGUGUCAUGACAACCAGUGCAGCUCUGCCAAUGCCUGGUCGAUCGAUGGACAUUAGCGCCGUUGCUACAAGUACGUAUCAACCAGCUCAGUCAGAUUCAGACGAAUCAGACGAUGGAACAGGAAUGUCGAGUAAUGCCAAUGGUCAAACUGGGUCUCGAAAGAAGGCAGUGCCUGGUAAUAAAAAGAAAAAGAAGAGAACUGCACCAGGAUCAGGACUUGAACGAUCAUUAUCACGAGAUAGAGGUCAUUCAUCGUCUUCAUAUGAUGGUGGUUCUCUUUCUGGCGGUGGUAUUGGCACAACAACACAUGCAACAACAUCAGCAGCCGAUGAAAUAUUUCGGUUAGCUGGUCCACCUUCAUAUACAUAUUCUAGCAGUUAUUUCAGUUUCCCAUCGACAUCUUCAAUGACCUCAUCCGUCACUGCACCAUUUGCUUCUCCUGCUGCAUAUGGAGCAGGGUUAUCAGCAGCACUCUUUAUAACACCUCCGCCGUCGCUUCCGCCAACAUUGACUAUGCUGGGUGGUACAGCUCCCGCAACUGCAGCCUCAGCAACCGCCGCAUUGACGAAUUUGGCUAAUCUCAAUACGACCGUAGAUACGUCUGUAGAUGGCGGUGUGUCGACGAAUAACAACACUGGCAAUACGAAUAAUCCGAUAAAUAUGGCAGCCAUUCCACCAUCGAUUGAUACUACAGGUCUUUCUUUUGAAUUUGGUAGUAUGGCCUUGAUGGAUCGAAUGCCCGCAAUCUCGAAACCGUUGAACCUAGAAUCGAAACUAGCGGUAGACAAGCAAGAAGAAGGAGAAGAAGACGAGGAUUAUAAUCGUGUAGAAAGCACGUUGGAAAGACUACCAGAUUUAUUGGAUGACUCUGAAUUGGAUAAAGCUGAAACUAGUGCUGCACUGGAAAAGAGUGUUGCUCUACGGAAUAAUAGUAAACAGCCACAACCGACGACGACGACAACAACAGCACCUCUCAAACCUCCGAUAUCUUCAGCAGCUGCCGCCGCUGCCGUAAGUAAUAAAGGUCAACUACAGAGUGGGAUAGAUGCCAGUGGUAAACCAAUACCCAAACCGUCAAACAAUGCUACAGCAUCUGCACGAGUGAAUAAUGAAGCUCAAGCUAAUGCAGCACGAUGGAGUGAUAUCAAGCAGAAGGCGAAGAAUCUACCGGGUAGUAAUGCAGCAACAGCAGGGGGUGGUAACAGCACUACCAAGAAGAAGAAGGCCGAUAUACCUGGUAGUAAUGCUACGUCAACCACACAUCCACCGAUUCCAGCAGCGACAGAUCCACUAUCCAAUUUCUCGCGCCCCAUGUUUUCGAUGCCAGCCAGAAGAGCCAGGUAUCGUGCCGUGAUGAGACGGAUAUUAGAAGAUCGUGAAAAGUGGGGUACGAAUACCGGAAAAGGAGGAGCUGGUGGCGGUAAUGCUGCAGGAGGAGGAGGUAGCAUCAACAACAAUAAUACCAAUAAUGAUGAUCAGCAAGAUUGGAUUUGCUUUUUUUGUGAAUACGAGCAGAUCUUUGGCGCUGAACGUAAUAAUCAGCCAACGGCCAAGGCAUAG